UGGAAGAUGAUAGAGAUGUCUGUUGAUAAAGAGACUGUUCCAACCAGAAGUACGAAAGUGGAUCCAGCGCCACCUCUGCCACCCCAGAAACUCUCAGAAUGCACUGGAAGCUGCAACAAUGCCCCCAAAGUGCCAAAGGUCACCCUGGCCAACCCAGACAGCACUGAUGGUGCUGCUACCUGCCCCAUGCCAGACAGUGGGGCCCAAACCAAGCACAGCCGCACAGCUGACCCCCACGAUCAGCCAAAGCGUGUUGGGCAGGAGGCCAUGGUGUCUGAGCAGCACGUUAACCCUAAAAAUGGGUUUCAACAACAACAGCAGCAGAAACUCUCAAAGCGUCGCAGCACAAUGAAUGCAGGGUUCAAGCAUCCAGCAGGUAAGAGACGACGACGGGUCAACUCAGAGAGCGACUCUGUUCUGCCCACCAACUUCCUGCUGGGAGGAAACAUAUUUGACCCGCUGAACCUCAACAGCCUGCAGGACGAGGAUGUGAACAGGGCCCUGAACGCUGAGACGCCCAGGUCCUCCCCCCUGCCUGCCAAGAACCGCGACCCUGUGGAGAUCCUCAUUCCCAGGGACAUCACUGACCCACUCAACCUCAACAGCGGGAUGGGAGGUAGGAGCCUCCUGGUGUCGCCCUUCAAGAGUGGCGGCAGGAGGAGACACCGCAACAGACACCAUGGAGGAGGAGGAGGAGUUGGGGGUUCCACAGUCUCCAUGUUGGACCUGUCAUAUUCAGAGAGAAGUGGUGAAGUGACCAACACCACUGCUUCUGCUCUGUCUAACUUGGCAUCUGCUAGUGCUGCGUCUGCCUCCGUUCUAGAAGCACCCAGUGUGCCAGCCGUCCUGGACCCCCAGGGUGCUAAUGGUAACGAGAUCAACCCCUCCAACUGGAGAGAUGAGGCUAUGAUCACUGUAUCAGCCCCCCAGGCCCAGCCUCGAGCCCAGGAAGACUCCUCAGCAGCCACGGUCGGAGGCCCAAACCAUCUCUCUAGCCGGCAACGCAGACGCAGACGCAACUCUGGUAAAACAGAGCCUCCUAUGGCCCAAUCUACUCUUAUGGCCAGGUUGGGGACGGAGGAGAGGGGCCGUGGAGCUGGGCCCGGGAGAAACGCGCAGUCCUCCUUCCACACCCCAGUGGUAGGUCCCAGGGGGUCCUCCCAGGUACCAGGGGGUCGGCAACCGCAGCCCCACAACCAGCACAAGCAACAGCACCAAGGCAACAAGAAGUUCCAGUAUGGAAACUACAACAAGUACUACGGCUACCGCAACCCAGGCUGUGCCGAGGACCCACGGUUCCGUUGUCUACGUCCGGAGUGGUUCCACGGUAAAGUAGUACUGGACCUGGGCUGCAACACGGGCCACCUGACUCUGUUUAUUGCUAAGAAGUUGCGGCCCGCCCGCAUAUUGGGGCUGGACAUUGACGGGGGUCUGGUGCACGCGGCCCGCCAGAACAUCAGACACUACCUGUCAGAGCUGCAGGCCCAGGAGGCCCGGCGAGCCGCAGGGAAUGAGGAGAAGACCAAUGGACCGGAAGAGGAGAUGAAGGAGAAGGCCAACAGACAGGAAGAGGAGAGGAAGGAGAAGGCCAACAGACAGGGAGCGCAGAAGGAUGACGAGUCACACUCAGGAGGACUAACGCACAAACAGAAUGAAAGGGAGCACAGCAGGGAUGAAAAUGGAAAUGCUGAAAAGCAGGUGAGAAGAGACAGUAUCCCUGCAGAGGCAGCGGGGGGCGUGGUGUUGUCACGUCAUGCAGAGAGAAGAGCUCAGGAGAGAGGGGCUGAGGAGGACUCUGGAGCACCUGCUGUUGAACUGGGGACCAGCUCCUUCCCUGUCUCCUUACGGAUCUCCAGGGGGCCCAUAGCAGCACCCCCACUCCCUGACACACCCACCAUGCCUCCUGGUAACUUCCCCUCAAAUGUCUCCUUUGUCAAGGUAGGUGUGUGUGCUCUGCAGCCUUUUAAUGUGUUUCCAUUUUAAUAAUCAUUAUUCAUAAUAUUAAGGAGGAAAUUAAUAAUAUUAUGAUGAAUAAUUUGUUGCUUCUCUUUCACAGAGAAACAUCCCACAUUGUUCAGAACUCAUCUCCUCUCAUCUCCUCUCUCCUUAGGGAAAUUAUGUCCUAGAGAGUGAUGCUCUGCUGCUGACCCAGCGGCCAGAGUAUGAUGUCAUCCUGUGCUUCAGCGUUACCAAGUGGGUCCACCUGAACUGGGGAGACGGUGGCCUGAAGCGCCUCUUUCACAGAGUGUUCAGACACCUGCGUCCUGGAGGUCUGUUCGUCCUGGAGCCACAGCCCUGGAUCACCUACGGCAAGAGGAAGAAACUCACGGUGAGAUAGGGAGAGAGCUUAGUGUUGUAAGGACAAAUGGUGUGAUCUGCUACUGUAGAUGUGCAUAAAUGCAGUAUAUAGCCAAAACAAUAACUAAAACAUUUUACAAGUGGCCUGUUUCUUUAUUACAGACAUUUAAAGUAUGUGCUGCUUUGCUCAGCACCGAGGCUUAGACUGAAUCAUGUCUGACAUUCCUCUCUCACUGUUGCAGGAUAGCAUCUUUAAGAAUUACCACAGCAUCCGCCUCAAACCAGAACAGUUCUCCACAUACCUGACAUCUGAAGUGGGAUUCUCCAGCUACGAGUUGAUUGGGACGCCUAACAGUUCAUCAAGAGGUAUGUCGCUGGUUCGUUAGAUACUGAUGUCAUCUCUGAUUCUUUCACGUGUCCUUUUCCAGUCUAGUCUAUUCUGUUUCUCAAACUAAUGGAUUUGUACGUCUUCCACAGGUUUUCAGAGGCCAAUCUACUUGUUUCAUAAAGGAACAUAA